AUGACAUCUCCACCCAAAGCAACGUCCCUGAACGAAUGGACCAAGGAAGAGCCCACUGCGACAGGCGUCCAGACCCAGAAUCGUGACAAUGGAUGUGAAGAGGCAGCGGCUUCGGAGCGGCCACGGGCACCAGCUUUGAAGCGGAAAUUGAAAAGUAGGCAUCUUCAGAUGAUCGCUAUCGGCGGAACAAUUGGAACUGGUCUUUUCAUCUCCAGUGGCGAAGCCCUGGCACACGCUGGUCCUGUUGGUGCCUUGAUCGCCUACAUAUUCAUCGGUAGCAUUGUGUUCUCAGUUAUGACAUCUUUGGGCGAAAUUGCCACGUAUCUGCCCAUUCCAGGCGCUUUUACAUCUUAUGCGACAAGACUGAUUGAUCCAAGUCUUGGAUUUGCCAUGGGCUGGAUUUACUGGUUCUCAUGGGCUAUUACAUACGCACUUGAGUUGACUGCUACGGGUCUCAUUAUUCAGUACUGGGAUUCCACUAUCAACAUCUCUAUUUUCAUCGCCAUCUUCUGGGUUGUCAUAUCGCUUCUGAAUCUACUGCCCGUUAACUUCUAUGGCGAGUUAGAAUUCUGGCUGUCAACAAUUAAGGUGCUUACUGUGCUGGGAUUUAUUAUCUUCGGCAUCUGUAUCGAUGCCGGUGCCGGAGACCAAGGGUACCUCGGCUUUCAUAACUGGGUCCAUCCAGGACCAUUCGUCGACUACCUUGUCACCCCCGGACCGACCGCAAAGUUCGUCGGUUUCUGGGCCGUGCUUAUCCAGGCCGGAUUCUCAUGUCAAGGCACUGAGCUAGUCGGCCUUGCAGCCGGUGAAAGCGAGAACCCACGACAAACAGUACCAAAGGCAAUCAAAGCAACAUUUCUCCGAAUCCUGCUUUUCUAUAUAUUCUCGGUCUUUUUCAUCGGUCUUCUCGUCCCAUCUGAUAAUAAAGAUCUUCUUUCAGGCUCAUCAAACGCAUCAGCAUCGCCAUUCGUCAUUGCAGCUAAACUGGCCGGUAUUAAAGUCCUUCCCGGCCUCAUUAAUGCGGUUCUAUUGACUGUAGUGCUCUCUGCUGCGAAUUCAAAUGUCUACUCCGGGAGUCGCAUGUUGAUCGGUUUAGCAAAUGACGGGUAUGCGCCCUCAUUCUUUGCAAAGACGAGUAGGAGCGGCGUGCCAUACUUCGGUGUCGUGCUUACCGCUGCCUUUGGACUGCUUGGUUUUAUGAAUCUUUCAACCUCCGGAACCACAGUGUUCAAUUGGCUGUUGAAUAUCUCUACAGUUGCGGGAUUCAUUUUAUGGGCUUCGUUAAAUGCCUGCCAUAUUUCAUUUAUGCGUGCGUUGAAAGCUCGAAGAAUAUCGCGAGAUUUUCUUCCUUAUAAGGCUCCAUUUCAACCAUUCCUCGCUUACUAUGGGCUCUUUUUCAACAUUCUCAUUUUGUUCACUCAGGGUUUUACAGCGUGGAUCCCUUCAUUUAGCGUGGAAAGUUUCUUCGUCGCAUAUGUGAGCUUGAUUCUUUUCGCUGUGUUGUGGAUUGGGCAUAAGAUUGUCUUCAGGGAUAGCCUGGUGUCUCCUCUUCAGGCUGAUUUAGAUACUGGGCGUGCUGAAAUCGAGAAUGAGCACUGGGAUGUGUCGGUGCCCACCACAUGGUACGGGAAAAUAUGGUACUGGCUGAACGGUUGA